CCAGCUGACGAUGCUUCACCUCCGCCCCCGCCAACCCGCGCCUUGGCGCCGGACCUCCUCCGCGGCCUGCUGAUGAUGUUCAUGGCAAUGGACCACAACGUAGUCGGCCUCAACGCCUGGCCGCACUCCACCGGCGCCAACCACUCAGAAUCCGACUCCGCCGUCGUCGAGCGCUGGAACGGCCACUUUGGCUACGCCGUCCGCAUGCUCUCGCACCUCUGCGCCCCCGGCUUCACUUUUCUCCUCGGCAUGGGCGUCGCGUAUUUCGGCCGCUCCCGCCUCAAGAUGGGCUGGUCGUCUGCCCGGAUGGCAAAGCACUUUGCAAUGCGCGCCGUCAUUCUGACGGCCGUCUCGACGGUCAUGGGGUUCGUGCUGACGCAGGGCCAGCUGUGGUUUCUUAACAUGGUCCUCGUGGCGCUGGCGGUGGAUUACCUCCUCGUCGGCCUCUUGUGGCUCGCUAUCAACGAGACGGAGCCGUUGUUGGCUAACGUGCUCGAUCGUUUCUUUGCAGGUACCGGUUAUGGAGGUGGUCGUCGUCGCGGCGACGGAAGUGAGAGGACGCCUCUUCUCGUUCAUACGGGCCACGAUAACCCGCCCAAGUCCAAGGCUUCCGCUCGCGCCCAACAGAUUUCAUGGCACAUCCACAACGCCGUGCUCCUUGUUCUCGGAUUCGUCACGAUUUGCUGGAACCACUGGGUGUCGCCGACCCACGGAACCUGCGCCGCCGCCUCGUCUUCCCCCGUGACCGGCACGGCAGCAAACGACUUUUGGCGCUUCUGGUUCUUUGAAGUCAACCGCCCGCGCGUCAUGUCCGGCUUCCCGCCUCUGGCGUGGCUCUCCUUUGCCAUCCUGGGCCUCCUCUAUGCGCGCAUCAUCCUUGCUCGUCCCUUGUCGCCCACGAAGCUGGCAUGCGGCAACGUCGCCGCGGGCCUCGUCUUCAGCGUUCUCUUCGUCCUCACGCGUGUACUCCGCAUCGGGAACCUGUCUGAAGGAUGUCUCCGGACCCCGGAUCAGGCGGCGAGCCCAGAUGCGAACCCGUACCUCGUUUCCGUGGCGUCCUUCUUUUACGUCGUGAAGUACCCGCCAGACUUUGCCUUCUUCGCAUACACUCUCGCGGCGACGUUCUUCCUGCUCGCCAUCUUCGGUUCGGUACCUCCGCGGGUUGCGACAAAGUGGCUCGGCGUUCUUCUCGUAUUUGGCACGUCGGCUCUCUUCUUCUACCUCACGCACCUCGUCAUUCUGUUCAGCUUGUGCAUGCUGCUCGUUGGGCUCUUUGGGCGCGAGAACGGCCUGCCUCCUCCAAUGGACGGUAGGCCUGCGGUCGGAGUCAGUAACAUUUGGGUUUGGUGGGCGAAUUGGCUGGUUGUUAUGGCGAUUAUGUACCCGCUGUGUAGAUGGUACGGCGCUUUCAAGAAGACGAGAAGUGCGGAUUCGGUGUGGAGGUUCUUUUAG